AAUUUCGUUUUAAGGGAAAUGAUUCAAAGGUUCGGGAAUUUGUCCAAAGAAGUGCUCAACACAAUGAUCCAUAAAGCAGUAAAAGAAAAUUUUCCUCAAAAAUACAAAAUUAAAGAAAAACAGAAAUCUGCGAUAAUUACAGCAUUACAAGGAUAUGAUACUUUUAUUCAAAUGCCUACAGGUAGUGGGAAAAGUUUGUGUUAUCAACUUACUUCUGUGUUGGAUGGAGGUGUUACUAUUGUUUUUUCUCCUCUAUUGUCUUUAAUUAGAGAUCAAAUGGUGAAAUUGCAAGGAGUUGAUUACAAAAUUUGCUGUAUAGGCUUUGAUUUGGACGAAAUUAAUAAAAUUUUACGAACAGACUCUCAACCUAAUUUCAAUUUACUUUUUGUUACUCCAGAAAAGGCAGUAAAGAAUAGCUUGUUUAUGCCGUUACUUUAUAAUUUGGAUAAAAGAAAGUUGUUGGCCCGAUUUGUUUUUGAUGAGGCUCAUUGUGUUCACUUUUGGGGCAAUUCUUUUCGUCCAGAUUAUCUAAAAUUGGCGGAAUUGGUAAAAAGAUUUAGACAAACUCAAGAACGUUCAAACGCCACAAAAAUACCAAUUAUGGCCCUAACUGCUUGUGAUUCUAGAGAUGAACGGGAGAAAAUAAAUAAAAUUCUUGGAAUGGACAAGGAUUGUAGUCGACAACUUUUAUCCAAAAGCAUAAAACAACGUAAAAAUCUUCAAUAUCAAGUUUUGGAUAAAAGAAAAAUAAAUGUGGAAGAAUUAAUUAAUUAUUUUUUUGAAAAGUAUCCUUCUGGUGUUGGAAUAAUUUAUUGUUUAACAAGGUUAGAAUGUGUCAAAUUGGCAAAAUUAUUUGGAGAUUUGGCUCGCCCUUAUUAUGCCAAAAUGUCAGAAAAAAGAAGGCAAAUAAAUCAGGAUAAAUGGAUGAAUGGGAAAAUAAGACUUCUUUGUGCUACUACAGGUUUUUUCUUUUGAUUUACUGGUAUUUUUAGGAUUUUUUUGAGGAUUUUUAAAAAACGGGUUUUGCUUUGCUUUUUAAUUUUUGGGGUUACAAAAGCAUGGGUCCUUUCUUCAGAAUUUUAUUUUGCAAUAUGUCCAGUCAGGGUUAUUCCUUGUCGAGAGGAUGAGUGAGGGCCUUUGGGAAAAUUUAUAGGCAGAUAGCGCACGGGAGAUGUGACAAGGAAUUUUUAAAAAAUCUCAGAUUCACCUACUUUCGGGGACGGGGAAAUACUUUAAUGGGCAUGAUGGAAUACUUUGAAUACUUCUAUUUCAAAGACCCGUGUCUUAUCCACCUUCUAUUCAAUAAAUUUUUAACAUCACACACAAU